UCAUCAACUCAUCCUUGACCGCUGGCUACGUCCCUUCCGUCUUCAAGAGAGCGAGAGUUGCACCCCUUCUGAAAAAACCUACACUCGAUCCCUCCGAUGUCAACAACUACAGACCCUUCUUUCUUUUCUCUCCAAAACUCUUGAACGUGCCGUCCUUGGCCAGCUCUCUUGCUAUCUCGCUCAGAAUGACCUUCUUGAUCCAAAUCAGUCAGGUUUCAAGACUAGUCAUUCAACUGAGACUGCUCUUCUCUGUGUCACGGAGGCGCUCCGCACUGCUAAAGCUAACUCUCUCUCCUCUGCUCUCAUCCUUCUAGACCUAUCGGCUGCCUUUGAUACUGUGAACCAUCAGAUCCUCCUCUCCACCCUCUCCGAGUUGGGCAUCUCCGGCGCGGCCCACGCUUGGAUUGCGUCCUACCUGACAGGUCGCUCCUACCAGGUGGCGAAUCGCAUCUCUGCAUGUCUGGCAGACAUAUCAGUGUGGAUGACGGAUCACCACCUCAAGCUGAACCUCGGCAAGACGGAGCUGCUCUUCCUCCCGGGGAAGGACUGCACGUUCCAUGAUCUCGCCAUCACGGUUGACAACUCCAUUGUGUCCUCCUCCCAGAGCGCUAAGAACCUUGGCGUGAUCCUGGACAACACCCUGUCGUUCUCAACUAACAUCAAGGCGGUGGCCCGUUCCUGUAGGUUCAUGCUCUACAACAUCCGCAGAGUACGACCCUGCCUCACACAGGAAGCGGCGCAGGUCCUAAUCCAGGCACUUGUCAUCUCCCGUCUGUGUUACUGCAACUCGCUGUUGGCUGGGCUCCCUGCCUGUGCCAUUAAACCCCUACAACUCAUCCAGAACGCCGCAGCCUGUCUGGUGUUCAACCUUCCCAAGUUCUCUCACAUCACCCCGCUCCUCCGCUCUCUCCACUGGCUUCCAGUUGAAGCUCGCAUCCGCUACAAGACCAUGGUGCUUGCCUACGGAGCUGUGAGGGGAACGGCACCUCCGUACCUUCAGGCUCUGAUCAGGCCCUACACCCAAACAAGGGCACUGCGUUCAUCCACCUCUGGCCUGCUCGCCUCCCUACCUCUGAGGAAGUACAGUUCCCGCUCAGCCCAGUCAAAACUGUUCGCUGCUCUGGCACCCCAAUGGUGGAACAAACUCCCUCACGACGCCAGGUCAGCGGAGUCAAUCACCACCUUCCGGAGACACCUGAAACCCCAACUCUUUAAGGAAUACCUAGGAUAGGAUAAAGUAAUCCUUCUAACCCCCCCCCCCUUAAAAGAUUUAGAUGCACUAUUGUAAAGUGGCUGUUCCACUGGAUAUAAGGUGAAUGCACCAAUUUGUAAGUCGCUCUGGAUAAGAGCGUCUGCUAAAUGACUUAAAUGUAAAUGUAGUUCAAACUGCAGAUUGCCCCUUUAAAGCAUUUGAAAAAGCUAACAUAAGUGCCUGUGU